AUGACAACAGAUCUACCUUUUCGUGUAAAAAAUUUCAAGAGUUGGGAUAUAAAUAAAGUUGUUGACUUUCUACGAUCAAGGAAAAAUACUUUAGGUCUACAGGACAAAGAUAUUGAUAUAUUUAAUAAAAAACAAAUUUCCGGUGAAUCUUUUCUAGAGUUGACACAAGAAGAUCUUAAAGAAAUGGGAUUAGAGAUUGGGCCUAGAAAAUCUAACAUGAAACUAGUGCCAAAAUUGAAAA